AUGGCAGCUCCGAAUGUUUGGCGACGAACGGUGGAAACUCCAUUCAAGAAUGUCGUCAAGAAUAAGCCACCGCCUUCCAAGAAAGUCUGCAGUUUUUGGCUUUCUGGUAGGUGCGUCUAUGGAGAUCGCUGCCGUAAUCACCAUCCGCCUUUUCUCAACACCGACGGGCAUUUAUCUUUACUCGGCCGAUUGAACGGACACAAAGGGGAUAUCUGCGGCAUCUGUCUCCCCACCGACUCCGACAAACUCUUGACCGGUUACCGAGACGGAACUGUUCGAAUUUGGGAUUGUAAUUCUGGUAAGUGCGUAAGUGUACUCAAUCUUCAAAAUCAAAUUGGUUCUAUGCACUGCGAGGGUUCUUGGAUUUUCUAUGGUCUUCCCAAUCUCCUGCAAGCUAGGAAAGACAAUGAAGUUUAUGAGCUUGAUGGACCAGUAGGUCAAGUGUAUGCGAUUACGUCUGCAAGAAGUGAUACGGUCUUUGCCGGAGCACAAAACGGCGAUAUCUUGGUGUGGAGAGGCUUUCCCUCCCCUCCCAACUCUAAUCCCUUUCGUUUGAUUGGGACUCUCAAGGGACACACCACGCCUGUCACCUGUUUGACAGUCGGCGGUGGAAAGCUUUAUUCGGGUUCCAUGGAUGGUACGGUUAGGGUUUGGGAUACAGAGUCUUUUGUCUGCAUCAAUACCGUGGAGGCACACUCUGAUUGUAUCACGUCUCUUGUGUAUUGGGGUGUGUAUUUGAUUACAUCCUCAAGAGACAAGAGUAUCAAGAUUUGGGCAACCAUUCAUGAAGAAGGCUUGCAAGAGGCCUACACUCAUCAAGAAAGACACAGUAUUCUUGCUCUCCACGGCAUGAAUGAUGCCAACAAUAAACCUGUAAUCUGUUGCUCCUGCGAAGAUAGCUCUGUUCGCAUAUAUGAGUUGCCAUCUUUCAUGGAGAGGGGCAGGCUGUUGAGCAAGAGGAAUGUGCACUCUAUUCAGAGCUGUCCGUACAAUCUCUUCUUCACUGGCGAUGGAGCCGGCACCGUCACAGUUUGGAAUUGGCUAGAGGACCCACAGCCACAGGGAAUCAACGGGUCUUCAUCUUCCUGA